AUGAAUCGUUUUAUGACGGAUGUAUUGGAAGGUUCGGAGUUUCGAGAUUCGGAGGGACACAACAACGUUAAAAAAAUACGAAAACGACUUGUUGGCGUCACAAUUCUCAGAGAUUGGAUCGAAUCCUCCUCAUCCUCCUCAUCCUCCACUAUUAUUCAUACACAAAUGCAAUCAAAAUCAGGCCAUGAUGAUCCUUCUCUUCAAUAUGUUGGCCAUUCUGGAAAGGCUUACAUGUUGGUAGAAAAGAAAUCUUCCACCACAUUAUCCCAUCAUGGAUCACCAUCAUCAAACACUCAAAUGGUGAAAUGUAGUAUUCGGUUGAAGGAAGGAAAAAGCCUUUUAGUGAAAAAACAGUCGGAACAUACAUUAACGUUUAAAAUUACACCUUUUACGUGUGCCAAAUAUACAGUACUCUCAUCGGGUGUUCAACGAGUGCUUGUCUCUGUAUCGGAAUUAUCGGUGAAUGAGAGUUUUACAACAUCUUCUACAGUUUCUCCUUCAUCUUCUUCUGCCAAACAAAGUUAUUUUGUACCAGAAUUACAAUUUAUAUUUGGUUCGGAAGAAGAGUCCAAAGAAUGGUGUGACAAAAUUAUGAAUAAUGUUUAUUGUCUAUGUGCUGAACUUGUUACAAGCAAAAUUCAGAAAGAUAUUCAAACACGAGCGGUGUCACCCACACAAGAAGUGGUUCCGAAAAUGAAAACAAGUAUUAUGGAAGGUUAUCUCAUCCGAAAAAAUCAAAAACAUCAUAUCAAAACCUAUCAAAAACCAUCCGUAAUAUUUGCAGAAUUAUCAAACAAACAGUUACUAUUUUAUACAUCACAUAAAAAGUCAAAGGUGGCAGAUGUUAUUGGAUGCAGGGUAGACUUUACACGAGAGAGAUUCUUUGUGGAACAUUUAAAAAUUGGAUCAACGACAGCUCAAAAAAACAAUAUUCAUCAAUUAGCAUUUACUUUAGAAGUCACAAAUGAACAAGAACCAAGAGAAAGCUUUGCUUGUCCAUCAAUUUCAGAAGCUCAAAAAUGGAUGUCCACACUUGGAACUCCAUCUUCUCCGGAGCUAACUGUUAAAACAGAUGGUUUUGAUUACCAUUUAGAAUCAGAUGGUGAUGAAAAAGAUGAAGAAAAAUUAUCUGAUGGCGGUGAAGAAAAUAGUGAGGAAAUUGAUGAAGAAUUGGCCAUGCUAUUGGGGCUUGGAAGUGACAGUGGCACCGUGGUCAUUCAUCAAGACGUUCCCACAAAAGAGGACGUUGUUGGAGAUGCAGUGUUGGAAACAGGAGAGCCUGAUAUCUUUGGAAAAGGAAAGAAAGGAAAUGUGUUUGGAGAUUCAUUUUGGAAACCACCUCCUUCCUCAGCAACCACUAAAACUCCUCCAAAACCAAAACUUUCUGAAACUGAAAUGCUUAAACAACGAAUUGCUGAGCUUGAGAAAUUAUUGGAAGAAAAAACGAAGGAAUGUGAAAAUUUGAAACAACAGCUGUCGCAACAACAAAAUGCUAAUGUUUGCUAA